AUCGCCAUUCACCACACCUGCGGAGAAACCAACUUGGGAGGUGAGAAGAAAUUUCUCUCAACACCAGUCGUGUGCAUUGAGUGAGUGAGUUAAGACACAAAAUUAGUGUCGAUUCUCCCUUCUCUCAAACCCCGAAAAAAAAUAUUCCCCACAGGAUUUGCAAUUUAUCCACCCAAAAAUUGCUCUAAUAUCCUACCUUGAGACGUCCUCCCAUAAAGGAGAAGAAGAGUGUGUAGCAUACUGAGGUGUGGUACAUAGGUACAUACAUAUAUUGCCCAAAAGUGGUGUGAAAGUGAAGGAGCAAGAAAAAAAAAAGAUUGGUGAAUUGGUGGAAAAUUGCUUCGCGAUUGGAUCUUAAAUGCAAUUUAUGUGUGACACAGUAAUUUCUUGUGAUUUCUACUUUUUGCCCUGAUCCAUCGUCUUUCUCUUUAAUCGAUUUUUGCACGGGGAAAACAGACACAGACGAGUUAUGUGGAAAAGUGGUGCCGCCCGUUUGUUGCAUGCCACCGUGCUCAUACUUACUGCAUUUCACACAACUUCCGGUCAGAAACCAGAGGAAGAAUACAAAUGCCCCAUUGACGUGGGAAAUGGCAACUACGCCGACCCCAAGACUUGCAAGAGGUUCUAUCAGUGCGUCGAUGGGUAUCCCUAUCUAAAUCGCUGCCCAUCAGGACUCUUCUUUGACGACAUCAGUAAAUACUGCACCUUCAAAGAUGAAGCUCGUUGUGGACCAAUUGCCACGACCCCAGCUCCUGUCACAGACACCCCACAGGAUUUAGCAACAAAAUGCGAUUUAAGCGAAUGCCAAUUGCCAUACUGCUUCUGCUCCAAAGAUGGAACAUUAAUCCCUGGCGGUUUGGAUCCCGACAAUACCCCUCAGAUCAUCCUUCUAACCUUCGACGGAGCUGUUAAUCUCAAUAACUUCGAUCACUACAAGAAGGUGUUCAAUGGGAAGCGAAAGAACCCCAAUGGUUGCCCCAUUCGUGGGACUUUCUUCAUCUCACACGAGUACAGUAACUACCAGCAAAUUCAGACAUUGGCUUCUGAGGGUCACGAAAUGGCCACGGAGACCAUUUCACUGCAGCAAGGGUUGCAGGAUAAGGGCUACGAGGAGUGGGUGGGUGAAAUGAUUGGAAUGCGGGAAAUUCUGCGACAUUUCUCCAAUGUUUCCACAAAUAGUGUGGUGGGUAUGAGGGCACCCUUCCUCAAACCCGGCCGGAAUACGCAGUACAAAGUAAUUGAGGACUUUGGCUAUGUCUACGACAGCAGUGUGACCGUUCCACCGCAAUCCCAUCCCGUGUGGCCGUAUACGCUUGACUACAAAAUUCCCCAUGAAUGCAAGAGUGGCACGUGCCCAACAAAAUCCUUCCCAGGUGUUUGGGAACUUCCGCUAAAUGCUCACUACGUGGAGAGCUUUGAGGGUGGUCACUGCCCCUACCUCGAUCAAUGCGUCCUCCACAAUCACGAUCCCACCGAUGUUCUAGAGUGGCUCCAGGAGGACUUUGCACGUCACUACGAGCAGAACAAAGCACCCUACAUGAUGGCCUUCCACACCAAUUGGUUCCAGAUUAAAGAACUCGAACAGGGCCUCCAUAAAUUCCUCGACUGGGCUAAUUCACAACCCGACGUUUGGUUCGUAACAGCUACUCAAGCCCUGCAAUGGGUUGCAGAUCCCAAGCCCCUUAAGACCCUCAACAAGUACGACCCGUGGGAUUGCAAGAACACCGUACCCGCAGCACCAAAGCCAUGCAACAUCUCUAACAAAUGCGCCCUGGCCUUCAAGAGAGCCACAACGAAUAUCACCGACACACGGUACAUGGAAACCUGCACCGAAUGCCCCAAUCAGUACCCAUGGCUGGGAGAUGCGGAGGGCACAGGUGUCCCCGGACGCGAUAACUACAUCUACAGCUCCGACAGGGAGCCACAGACAAAAUGAUUUGCAAACGAAGGGGGGAUGUUUCUUGUUUUGUAAUCGCGUAAUAAAGUACUGUGAAAAAAUAACACCCUC